CUCGCGCAGGUGGAGUCAAGAUGGAGGAGUACGCGCGAGAACCUUGCCCUUGGCGAAUUGUCGAUGAUUGUGGUGGGGCCUUUACGAUGGGUACCAUAGGUGGUGGUAUCUUUCAAGCAAUAAAAGGUUUUCGCAAUUCUCCAGUGGGAGUAAACCACAGACUACGAGGGAGUCUGACAGCUAUUAAAACCAGGGCUCCACAGUUGGGAGGUAGCUUUGCAGUUUGGGGAGGUUUAUUUUCCAUGAUUGACUGCAGUAUGGUUCAAGUCAGAGGGAAAGAAGAUCCCUGGAACUCCAUCACAAGUGGUGCCUUAACAGGAGCCAUACUGGCAGCAAGAAAUGGACCAGUGGCCAUGGUUGGGUCAGCUGCGAUGGGUGGCAUUCUCCUAGCUUUAAUUGAAGGAGCUGGUAUCUUGUUGACAAGAUUCGCCUCUGCACAAUUUCCCAAUGGUCCUCAGUUUGCUGAAGACCCUUCUCAGUUGCCUUCAGCCCAGUUACCAUCCUCACCUUUUGGAGACUAUCGACAAUAUCAAUAGGACUUCUUUCCCAGGAUUUCUUUAACAGAAGGAGCUGUAGUUCAAGAAAGAAUCUCAGAAGAUAAGUUACAGUCUGUAUUUAAAACCAUAGGUGGGACAGCUAUGGCCAAAUAGGCUUCGAAAGAGACACCUUAGCUCUUUUUUCUAUUUAAGGGAACAUGGGGGGGGCAGAUGUUAAAUGUAAUACAUUUAUUUAUUCACAAUUGGAUUGCAUUUGUGAUAAAAAUAAAUGUCUAAUACCUUUAAAAGAAAAUAUAAUAAAUGCUUAGAAGGUGAAGGACCAAAGGGCAAAAAACAAUGAAGCGUGACCAUCAUUUCCUUGGGGACUUCUCUGCCUGGUUUUGUGUUCUGUCAGCCAAACAAUAAAAAACUCCUGGAACUUGC